AUGAAGAAGGGUCUUGAGUCUAUUGAUCAAUAUCUGCAGAAAAUCAAGGAUUCGAGGGAUCCAUUGUCAGCAGUUGGUGUUCCUAUUUCUGAUGAAGAUGUUGUUAUUCUUGCUCUGAAAGGCUUACCCUCUGAUUAUAACAUUAAAGCUAUAAUUAGAGGCCGUGAAAAUGUCAUCUCUUUGAAGGAGUUUCAGUCCCAGCUCAAGGCUGAGGAGGCUACAAUUGAAGAGACUUUUCGACAGAUUCCUUUUAUGUCUGCUAUCGCUGCUACGCAUAUGGGGUUUUCUCCUCCUCCACUCUCUGGUAUGUCUCCUCAAUCUGGACCUCCCAUGCCAUACUCUGCUCCUUCAGCCCCUGCUUUUCCUUAUCAACCAAAUAAUGGGAACCGAGGCUCUUCUUUUCAUCACAAGGGUAAGGGCAACACGUUCUAUAACAAUGGACCUCCUCACAACAAUGGUGUUCGUUAUCUCGGGAAGGCUAUUUUCCUUCCUCUUAUGGUAUUCUUGGGCCCGGCUAAACCUCAUUUUCAGCAAUUUCACUUUUCUCACUCUGUUCCUAUUUGCCAAAUUUGCAAUAAGAAAUGA